CUUGCAUCUUCUGGACAAGCAGUGUAACACAUGCCACAUAUCCUGUCAUAUGCUUUUCCAUUCUAUUGUAUGGUCAUUAAAAAAACAACAUAACUAGUCUUAUGUUCUUGUAUCACUACAGGAUGUUACAGGAAUUGGUGUCAUUUGAAGACAUAGCUGUGGACUUCACCUGGCAAGAGUGGCAGGACCUGGAUGUUGUUCAGCGAAACCUCUAUAGGGAUGUGAUGCUGGAGAACUACACCAGCCUGAUGUCGUUGGGGAACUGUCUGACCAAACCUGAUUUGAUCUUCAAGUUGGAGAAUGGACUUGCACCAUGGACUCUAAAAGAAGACUCAAUUCAGAUGUUUCCAGAAUUAAAAAGUGAGCAGAAAAUGUACUGGACAAAGACUGAUUUUAAACAAUCCCAGAACGAUUUUUAUCACAAGGUACAUCACACUUGUCAUCAAGGAACAAUUAGAGGUGAGAAGUUGUAUGAAUGUGGGACGACAACCUUGAAUUCCAAGUCAAAGCUCAGUAAGCAUCAAAGUACUCAUACAGGUGAGAUACCAGAUGAAUGUGGGCAAACUUUCAUCUCCAGGUCACAUCUCACUGUGCAUCAGAGAGCAUACACAAGUGAAAAGCCUAAUCAGUAUAAUGCAUGUGGGAGAGCUUUUCUUGCAAUGUCAGAUCUUAAAAAACGUCAGAAAAUUCCUGCAGUUGAGAAGCCAUAUGGGAAAGUCUUCAUCUUCCAGUCAGAUAUUACUGUGCAUCAGAGAACUAACCUAGGUCAAAAGUCAUUUGAAUGUACUGAAUGUGGGAAAGCUUUCCUUACCAAGUCAGCUCUUAAUAACCAUCAGAGAAUUCACACACGUGCAAAGCCAUAUGAAUGUAUUGAAUGUGGGAAAGCUUUCAUCUACAAGUCACAGCUCACUAUGCAUCAGAGGACUCACACAGGUGAAAAGCCAUAUGAAUGUACUGCAUGUGGGAAAGCUUUUAUUUCCAAGUCAGAUCUUAAUAAACAUCAGAGAACUCACACAGGUGAAAAGCCAUAUGAAUGUACUUCUUGUGUGAAAUCGUAUAUCUCCAAGUCACUUCUCACUAUACAUCAGAGAACUCACUCUGGAGAAAAGCCAUAUAAAUGUACUGCAUGUGGGAAAGCUUUCAUUUCCAAGUCAGAUCUUAAUAAGCAUCAGAGAACUCACACAGGUGAAAAGCCAUAUGAAUGUACUGAAUGUGGUAAAGCUUUUAUCUCCAAGUCACAGCUCACUAUGCAUCAAAGAACUCAUACAGGUGAAAAGCCAUACAAAUGCACUGCAUGUGGAAAAGCCUAUAUCUCCAAGUCAAUUCUCACUAUACAUCAGAGAACUCACACAGGUGAAAAGCCAUAUGCAUGCACUGAAUGUAGCAAAGCAUUUAUCUCCAAGGCACAACUCACUAUACAUCAGAAAACUCACACAGGUGAGAAGCCAUAUAAAUGCACUGAAUGUCAGAAAGCUUUUAUGUCCAAGUCACAACUCACUAAACAUCAGAGAAUUCACAUAGGUGAAAAGCCAUAUGAAUGUACUGCAUGUGGCAAAGCUUUCAUAACCAAGUCAUAUCUUAAUAAACAUCACAGAAACCACACAGGUGAAAAGCCAUAUAAAUGUGCUGAAUGUGGUAAAGGUUUCAUUUACAAAAUACAUCUCACUAUCCAUCAGAGAACUCAUACAGGUGAGAAGCCAUAUGAAUGUAUUGAAUGUGGCAAAGGCUUCAUCCGCAAGUCAUUUCUCACUAUACAUCAGAGAACUCACACAGGUGAAAAGCCAUAUGAAUGUAAUAAGUGUGGGAAAGCUUUUAAUGUUAAGUCAAAUCUUAACCAACAUAAGAGAAGACACAAGUGAAAAGUUACAUGAACAUGUUGCGUGUAGGAAAGCUUUCAGGUUUGAAAUCACA